AUGCAAUAUGUAAAAACAUUGUCAAGACCAGAUGAGUUGUACUCAUUGUUGAAGAUCGGUUACACCGAAAAGUUCAAACCAAAGAAUGUCAUCAAAGAAGAUCUCGAGAAUAAACAAUGGUGUUACGAACUCUUAAAUAAAACCAGUAGAAGUUUUGCAUUCGUAAUCAAUGAACUUGACCCACACCUUAAAGAUGCUAUUUGUGUAUUCUAUUUAGUUCUUAGAGGUUUGGAUACCGUUGAAGAUGACACCACUGUCUCACUUGAAACAAAGUUACCAGUACUCACCAAGUUUGCAGAGGGUCUUUACCAACCAGGUUUCAAAGUAUUUGGUUAUGGUAUGAACAAUGACGAAAAGAUGUUGGUUGAAAACUUUGAUAAAGUUGUUGAUGUCUACUUAAGUUUGGGUGAUAGAUUCUGUCCAAUUAUUCAUGAUAUUACAAAGAGAAUGGCACACGGUAUGUCGGAAUUCCUACAAAAGGAAGUUGUUACACUUCCAGAGUGGGACUUGUACUGCCACUAUGUUGCAGGUCUCGUCGGUAUUGGUUUGAGCAAGAUCUUUGCUGCCUCUGGUCUUGAGAGUGAAUGGUUUGCCAACGCCGAUAAAGAGUCGAACGACAUGGGUCUCUUCCUCCAAAAGACAAACAUCAUUCGUGACUACUUGGAGGACAUCAACGAGUCUAGAAUCUUUUGGCCACGUGAAAUCUGGUCGAAAUACACCGCCAAGCUAGAUAACUUUAAGAAUAUUCAACAUGCUCAAUCCGUAAGCUUAAUGUUAAUAGUUACAAUGAUAGUAAUAGCAUUGAAUUGUUUGAAUGAUUUGAUUACCAAUGCACUUUCACAUGCGAUCGUCAGUCUUGAUUAUAUGUCGAGAUUGAGAAAUCCAAAGGUGAUUGGAUUCUGUGCGAUUCCACAGGUUAUGGCUAUUGGAACACUCAGUGCCUGCUAUAAUAAUCACGGUGUCUUCACCGGUGUCGUCAAGAUCAGAAAGGGACAGAGAGCGUUGAUUGUCGAUACCAUUCAGAACAAGGGUAUCACCGGUACCUACGAGUUGUUCUACAAGUUUGCCAAUGAGAUGGUCCUAAAGGUGCCAGCCAGCGAUCCAAACGCCAAAAAGACACUCGAGCAUCUCGACACCAUCCAAAAGAUGUGCGUAGAGAAGCUCGGCUACAAACCAGCCGGUUUCAAUGACUUUGGUAACUACGAUUGGAUGGCUGUUGCAUCGCUUGCCGCUUCAUCGGCUUUCUUGGUUGCCAGACACGGUCCCAACUUCUUCUCAAAGCUCUAA